AUGCCCAAGUUCCACUGCGACGUCUGCUCGUCGGACUGCACGCGCCGCGUGCGUAUACGGUGCGCAGUUUGUGCCGACUAUGACCUCUGUGUGCCGUGUUUUGCCAAGGGCGAAAGUUCAGGCAAGCACAAGCCGUACCACGACUAUCAGGUGAUCGAACAACACCAGUAUCCAAUUUUCGACGAGGAUUGGGGAGCCGACGAGGAGCUUUUGCUGAUAGAAGGUUGUCAGACCCUUGGACUGGGUAAUUGGCAAGAUAUCAGCGACUUCAUCGGAGGUCGGUCUAAGGAGGAAGUUGGAAAACAUUACGAGGAGUAUUACCUAAACUCUCCGUGUUAUCCCAUUCCUGAUCUGAACAAAUCGUUUGAGCAUGUUUCCACGUCGUCGUUCUUGCGCAAACGCAAGCAGAGACUCGACUCACGCAAGAAUCUGCCUCUGCCCCCACCGAAGAAGGUGCUGACCUCGAAGCCAUUGUGCUCGGACAUUCAGAAGUAUAUGCCUGGUAGACUGGAGUUUGAGGAAGAAGCCGACGAUGAGGCAGAGAAGGUUGUGCAGGACAUGGUGUUUGAAGGAGACGAGACAAAGGAGGACAUAGAACUCAAGUUGACGAUACUGGAUAUCUACAACUCGAAGCUGACGAUGCGAGCCGAACGCAAACGGCUGAUGCUGAAAAACAAUUUGCUGGAUUACCGAAACAACAUAGCUAUCGACAAGAAACGAACAAAGGAGGAGCGCGAACUGUACAACAAACUGAAGGCCUUUGCGCGGAUAAUGACGCCGCAGGAUUUCAAGGAGUUCACUGAUGACAUGCUGAGCGAAGUGCGCAUCCGCAACCGGAUCCAGCAGCUGCAGGAAUGGCGUCGCAACGGUGUGAUGUCGUUUGAGGGCGGUGCAAAGUACGAGAAGGACAAGAUCAGCAGGCUUUCCCGCGUGAAUCUUGGUGUUGGUGCUGUUCCCAUUACUUCUGGCAGAGAACGGCACACGCUAAACUCCGUUCGGUCCACGUCGAGACACCAGACUCCUUCAUUUGACGGUAACUCUAAGAAGCGCGGAAACCAGCCGCUCGACAUUUCACAGGCCCUCGACUACGACCUGCUGUCUGACGAGGAGAAGGUUUUAUGUUCCAACCUUCGCAUACUACCGAAGCCGUAUUUGGCAAUCAAGGAGACGUUUUUCCGCGAGCUGCUACGCACAGGAGGCGUCUUGAAGCGCAAGAUUGCCAAGGAGCUAAUCAAGAUAGACCCUGCAAAGACGAUGAAGAUAUACGAUUUUUUUGUGCAGCAGAAAUGGUGCAAUGCUACAUAG